AUGGCGGCUACAGCCUCGCCAACAGCCUCGCCAACCACCUCGCCCACCGCCACACCCUCACCAUCACCCGCACACACGGCAACCACAACAUCAACAUCGGUCAUCAUGACACCCGACUACUCACUGGCCGCAGCAAACUUGACAGAGGAGUUCAUUGCCAAGGAGAAGAUAAGAUUGUGGACCAUCGCACUUCAGAGUCGCCUGGAGUUGUCGAGCAGGAUGAUGAAGCCCAAGUGGCGCUUCGUAUCAGAGAUUGACGGCAUCAAGUAUUGGAAGUUGGACGAGCCCACCAACGACACGACGCACACGUCAAAGUCAGAGAUCAUCGUCAACAAGUCAUCGUCGACAGUCAUGCACUUCAUGUCUGACCUCAGCCGAAUCCACAUGUGGAACAAGUACUUGUCGUCGUGUAACAAGGUAUGCGACCUGAUCGAACGCCUGAGCGUGUACCACGACUCAGAGCUGCUGCACGGCUGCCCGCAUCUGUGGCUGCCCGGCCGCGACUCCCUCAUGAUCAAGUAUAGCGGCCCACAUCCGACCAUGCCCAAGACAUUCGUUCGUGUGGUCAAGUCGGUCGAGUCACCGCUCUGUCCCAAACUACCAGGCUACACGCGCACCCAAGUGCUCUCAGGCUUCGUGGUGGAGGAGCUGGCCGAGCAUCGCUCGCGCAUUACCAACGUCAUCUUCCACGACUUCUGCGUGGCCAACCCGCCAUCUGUGUGGGACACCUGGCUGGUGCCCUUCAUUGCCAAGUGUGACAGCUGGACGCUCAACAAGAUGGCCAAGCUCAAGUACUUCAUCGAGUUGGAGCCCAACUUCACCGGAGAGAUACCGGUGGACAGGCGCACCAAGAAGUCGCAGCAGAUCCAACAGCGCGGCCAGAAGAAGCAGCGCAACUCGAAUGCCAAUACUGGCGCCAAUGCCAACCCAUUCAACAACAUAGUCUUUGUCAAUGUCUUUGAGAAUGGACUCACGUCAAAGUCCACAGCCACGUCAACAACCUCAACAACAUCGACAACAUCAUCUUUCCAGCCCGCUGAAGAGGUGCAUGCACUGGGCAGCAAGCGCAAGGUUGAGCAACCACCGCGCAUCAUUGACUUUGACGACGAGCGACUGUUCUCGCCAGACCCCAAGCUCAAGGCGCAGCGUCUGCUCACCUUCCUACAGGGUCUCAAGUUAACGGAAGUGGUCUCCUGCCCCCAGAUAACCAUCGACACGGCUAAAGUUACUGUGGCGCAGUUUGAAAGUGUGUCGCAGCAUCAGCCCUCCAGCCACCAACACCACGUCGACCUUGGAGGUGACGUAGGUAGUGGCGUUGGCAAUGGCAGCAUCAAUAGCAUUAUCAACAGCAACAGCAGCAACAACAGUGUACAUAACCUAAUUGUAAAUAACUCAGAGUCCGAGGCAACAUCACUCGACAACAUCCUUCGCCAACAACUCGACAUCAAGGACUACAUCACAUCGACCACGUCUCAAGGCACCAACGAAGAGGAGUGCUACCGUAUAUAUAGGGCAAGGUUCAGCACCAAGUCGCCACCAUCAUCGAUCUUGUUCUCACUGCUGGAUGGAGACAUUCGCAGGAAGUGGAGCCCUUAUGUGAUUGAUACUAAUGAGCUGUGGGAGAAGAACAAUACGGCGGCGAUGGAGGUACACUCGUACGCUGUGUUGCUGGCAGAUGGACGCAGUAUUCGCGUGGAGCUCGACUAUCAUCUGCGAGUGAGCCAGCAUCUCCUGUCGGCAUACUUCCCCAACGAUGCCAACAAUGUGCUGGUGACGCUGGAGGAGCGUAGUAACUCGGACAUACUGCUCAUUCGCCAGGAGAAUGACACCAUUGACGAGAACCACCGCACCAUCGACUUUAUCUACUUCUCCAAGAGCACCAACUGGCUGUGGGCCAACGAGUUGGUCGACAAUACGUUGUCCAAUCUCAACUUUGAUCACAACUACAAUUACACACCAACCAGCAACGAUUCGAGGAAUGGCCAUCCUCAACAUCACGGCGGUGUCAAUGGAAGUGUCAAUGGCAGUGGCAAUGGCAAUGGCGGCUGCAGUGGCAACUAUUCGAACAAUGUCCAUGGCGGCAACAGGUCAUCACCACAUCAUCAAUUCUCCAUUGUCAACUUCAACUUCCUGGAUCAUCUCAUGCUCAAAGCAUCCAUAUCAUUCAAAGAUGUCCUUGAAGAGGAGUGUCGAAAGAUAAACCAUCUUCAUAUGUAA